AUGCAAGGCAGCAACGGCGGGCUCCCCACAAUCCACACACAAGGGCGAGCGUAUUCUAAAUUCAAGGUGCAGAGUUCUGAUGUUCUCCAGGACAUGAGAGUCAAUGUCUCAGUCGAAGGCCACGAACAGAUUCUUUGGUACAAGGAAAGGUUCCUAAGUGACGACGAAAUCAUUGAGAACGUUGUGCAUAAUCCCACAUCGACGAUAUGUUGGACAAUCCAUCGACCGAAGCGCGGCUGGUACAUGCGCAUCCGAGCACCCAGCUUCCCGCCUGGGAUGUUCAUACCCCUGAUGCCUGUGCCUCCAGCGUCAAUGCACCAUGUCGACGCGGCACUCACAUUCAGCUCGCGAACGAAUGCACUUGCUCCUUCGCGUACACCUGCGAGUGCUCACUCGUACCCGCCAACCUCGCCCCCAGUAGUCGUGGUCGUCGAACCUCCGUCACCAACGGACACUGACGUCUCGGAGGUCAAUCUCGAUGCCGUAGUCGAGUCCAUGAAACCCGCAGCAGCUGUUAAGAAACCUCCUCCCCCUCCCACCCAGAUCACCGAUUUUAUACUAGCACCUUAUACAGGCACUGUGCAGCCGGAAGCCCCUUCCCUCCUCUCGAGAGCGUUUUCAUUCCUCAAAACCCAUGCGCCACACCAUUCCAACUCCUUUACGUUGACACGGAUGUCUGCCGGAGGCGCUCCUCCUCCAUAUACCCCCGCUGCGCCAAUUGGAACCCCACCCAUGCCGGACAAUCUACCCUUACUGACGUUUCACGACCAUACACCCGUUCUCACUGUCCGUUCGAUCACGGGCCUUCUCGAGAUUGACAUCGAGGAAGAGCGUCUUUUGGGCAUUGACACUAGCUUCUGGAUCGCCGUUGCUCUUACAUAUCUCGAGUUUCUGGAAGAAAGAGAGAGCUAUCUAGCAGCUAAUAGUGACUAG